AUGGCGAAUGACGGCCUGGAUCCAUACAUAGACCAAGGCGGAUCGUCCUACAGCGGGAAUUUCACUGUGCAUGGAGGACCCUUCCACCAAGGCAAUAUCAUCAACAUCCAGCAGACGGCCGACCGAUGCCUCAUCGACCUCCGCGUCACCGACCCGCGCCAUGACAAGAAGCGCGUUCAGAACACUCAGGGCGGCCUGCUCGCGGACUUGUACGUCUGGGUGCUCGGCAACCCUGACUUCCGCCAAUGGCGCGACUACGAGGACCAGCGCCUGCUAUGCAUCAAGGGCGAUCUGGGAAAGGGCAAGACCAUGCUCCUCUGCGGCAUCAUUGAUAAGCUGGAGAAAUUACCGGCCGAGGGAAGGCGUCUCUCUUACUUCUUCUGCCAAGCCACUAUUGAGCAUAUCAACACCGCGACGGCCGUCCUGCGCGGUCUCAUCUUCAUGCUUCUCGACCAAGACGCCUCCCUCGUAUCGCAUAUAAAGAAGAAGUACGAUGUCGCUAAUAAGGGGCUGUUCCAGGGCGAUAAUACUUGGUAUGCCUUAUCUGAGAUCUUCACGAAUAUGCUCUGCGACCCAAAGCUGCACGGCAUCUGUCUUGUUGUCGACGCACUUGACAAGUGUAUAGGUGGCUUACUGCAGCUGCUUAAGUUGAUUGUUGAGACCUCGCAAGCAACCUGCGCUAAGUGGCUUGUCUCAAGCCGCAACUGGCCGCAGAUUAAAAAAGAGCUGUCUAAUGUGGCGCAUAUGCUAUCACUCGAAGUAAAUGCAAAGUCUGUCGCAGCGGCUAUAGACAGCUAUAUCUUGCACAAGGUGUCCCAACUUGUACAACGGAAGAGUUACCGAGACAACACCACCGACGAAGUACGCCAGUCGAUCGAGGCCGUAUCACAGACACUGAAACGUGACAUAUACGGACUGCAUGACCGGGGCUUCCCUAUUAAGGAUGUCCCUCGACGGAGACCUGACCCAGACCCGCUGGCGGCGAUAGGAUACUCCUGUGUUCACUGGGUCAACCACUUGAUUGAUGCCAGCAAGGCUCCGGGUAGGGACGACAGCGUACAAGAGUACGGGACGGCAGACAGGUUCCUACGGAAAAAAGGUCUCUACUGGAUUGAGUCGUUGAGUCUACUCCGGAGCAUGUCGGAAGGGAUGCUCGCAUUAGAGAGGCUAAUACGGCAUUUGCAGUCCAACGUAGAGCUUAAUGCGAGGUCUAUUUGGGCACGAGGCACCUUGAUUGGUCGAGUGCAAAAUAGAGUAGCAGAACAAUGGAGCGCGUGCGAGGCGAUCCUCGAAGGCCAUACCUCUUCCGUCAACUCGGCAGCCUUCUUGGCCGAUGGGCGGCGCGUCGUCUUGGCGUCGUACAACCAGACCGUCCGGCUCUGGGAUGCGGCCUCAGGCGCGUGCCUUUCUUCAUAUGAGGUUGGCUACACCUCCACCGUCUCGUUUGAUCCGACCGGCACCCUGAUCUACACCUACGCUGGCGACAUUUGCAUAAAGGAGUCGAUUUCCUUGGAUAUCAAUACGCAUCCCUAA